AUGGCGUCUCUCCUUCUCAUCAUUUUUAUCCUCCGCCCCUCUCUCCUCCUCCACGCACACUCCGACCUCGAAGCCCUCUUGACUCUGAAGUCAUCCCUCGUCGGGCCCUCGGGCUGGGGCCUCGACGACUGGUCCGAUUCGACGCCUCAUUACCCGACCCAUUGCUCCUUCUCCGGCGUCGAUUGCGACGCCGACGGCCGCGUGACGUCGCUCAACAUCGUCAACGUCCCGCUCUCCGGCGCCCUCCCGCCGGAAAUCGGCUUGCUGGGCAAGCUCGUCAACCUCACCCUCUCGGGGACCAACCUGACCGGCCCCCUGCCGGCCGAAAUCCGCGGCCUAACCUCGCUGAAGCUCGUAAACAUAAGCCAGAACGCGUUCUCCGGCGCCAUUCUCGGCGAGGUUGUUGCGGACCUCGCCGACCUCGAGGUGUUCGACGCGCUCAACAACAAUUUCUCCGGCAGCCUGCCGGCGGAGUUCGCGCUGCUGAAAAAUCUAAAUUUCCUCAGCCUCGCCGGAAACUACUUCUCCGGCGAUAUCCCGGAGAUUUACUCCGAGUUUCAGAGCUUAACUCAUCUGGGUCUGCACGGAAACAGCCUGACCGGAAAAAUCCCCGCCGGCCUGUCCAAGAUACCCAACCUCCAAGAACUCUAUCUCGGGUAUUACAAUACAUACUCUGGCGGCAUACCGCCGGAGUUCGGCUCCAUGACUCGUCUUCAGUUGCUUGAUCUUGGCAUGUGCAAUCUGAGCGGUGAAAUUCCGGCGAGCCUUGGGAAUCUCAAGCAUUUGCACUCUCUGUUUCUUCAGGUAACAGCCAUUGAUGAUAAUUUCAUUGGUUUCACCCUUAUUAUCCUGAAAUUUUUGGUUUUCUACAAUUUUAUGCAGAUAAAUAACUUAACAGGCCAGCUCCCGGCCGAGCUGUCCGGCAUGACUAACCUAAUGUCAUUAGAUAUCUCCGUCAACAGCCUCACCGGAAAAAUCCCCGAACCUUUUUCAAAACUGAAAAACCUCACACUUCUCAAUUUGUUCCACAACAAAUUCCAAGGCCCUGUCCCGAGCUUCUUCGGCGAUCUCCCGAACCUCGAAGUUCUCCACAUAUGGAGCAAUAACUUCACCCUCAGCCUUCCCGAAAAUCUCGGCACUAACAAAAGGCUCACAAUGCUCGACGUCACCGGAAAUCGUCUGACCGGCCCUUUACCAAAAAACCUCUGUUUAGGUGGGAAACUGAAAACUCUAAUCCUCAUGGAUAACUUCUUCUACGGCCCAAUUCCAUCGCAAAUCGGGUCGUGUAACUCCCUUACACGGAUCCGGGUCAAGAACAAUUUCCUCAACGGUACUAUCCCAGAGGGAAUCUUUCAGAUGCCGUUUUUGGAUAUUCUCGAGCUCGACGGAAACUACUUCUCCGGCCUGCUGCCGGAGGUGAACAUUGUUGCCGGAAGCUUGUCCCGACUCACGCUCUCCGGCAACUCGAUUUCCGGCGGCAUACCUCGUGCAUUCGGUAAUUUAACGAAUCUGGAGAUACUAUCGCUCGACAACAAUGAAUUCUCCGGCGAGAUUCCGGCCGAGAUUUUCGGGAUUAAAAAGCUCACGAAGCUAAACUUAAGCGGUAACCGUCUUACCGGCCGCAUACCACCGGCGGAUUUAAACGAUUCUCUUCUGUCGUAUGUUGACCUCAGCCGAAAUAACUUGAUUGGUGGAAUCUCGGGGAAUAUUAUUCCUCAGCUACAGAAUCUCAACGUUCUCAACUUGUCGAGAAACAAUCUCCAAGGCGAAAUUCCUGACGAAAUUGGGCUCAUGAAGAGCCUAACUGUAUUAGAUUUGUCUUACAACGAUUUUUCGGGCCGGGUCCCGUUAACCGGGCUUUUAGGUGCUUUGGACGAUCGUUUUUUCGCUGGAAACUCGAAUCUCUGCUUGCGAAACGUCUCGUUUUGUCGAUCUAAUACACGCGAAUCGAGACGAGCGUCGAGUCCAGCUGUCGUAGCUACAGUCUCGGUUGUCGUUUUAUUAGUUUUACUAUGCGUUUGGACUUUUCUCAGAAGGCGGCGUUUCGAGAAAUCGAGAAAAUGGAAGCUCACGGCUUUUCAAAAAGUGGAUUUCACGGCUGAGGAUGUGGUCGGGUGUUUGAAAGAAGAGAAUAUAAUCGGGAAAGGCGGGGCCGGGAUUGUCUACAUGGGGUCCAUGCGGAACGGAGCUGAUAAUAUCGCCAUAAAACGCCUCGCCUGUCAUAAUAAUAAUAAUAAUAAUGAUGGCGGUUUUAUGGCCGAAAUACGGACAUUGGGGAGUAUAAGGCAUCGGAACAUAGUACGUCUCUUAGGUUAUUUGUGUAAUAACGAAACAAAUUUGUUGCUUUACGAGUACAUGCCGAACGGGAGCUUGGGUGAGGUGCUGCAUGGGCCGAAAGGGGCACAUUUGAUAUGGGAAUCGAGGUUUAAGGUUGCGGUGGAGGCUGCUAAGGGGCUUUGUUAUUUGCAUCACGACUGUUCGCCUCCGAUUAUUCAUAGAGAUGUGAAGUCGAACAAUAUUCUGCUCGACUCGAACUAUGAAGCUCACGUGGCUGAUUUUGGCCUGGCUAAGUUUUUGGGUGAUGGGAGCGUGUCGUCAGUUGCGGGCUCGUAUGGCUACAUUGCUCCGGAAUAUGCGUACACUCUGAAAAUCGACCAGAAAAGUGAUGUGUACAGCUUUGGUGUUGUGCUGUUGGAGCUCAUCACGGGCCGAAAGCCCGUUGGCGGGUUUGGGGAAGGAGUGGACAUUGUUAGGUGGGUUGCGAAAACUAAAUCCGAGCUGUCGGCCCAUUUGGACCACACUUUGGUCCUGGCUGUGAUUGAUCCACGGCUUAAUGGGUACUCGCUGGACUCGGUCGUGGGCCUAUUUAGGAUUGCAAUGAUGUGUGUGGCGGAUGAUAGUUCGAGAAGGCCCACGAUGCGUGAGGUUGUGCACAAGCUCGAGAAUUCUCCCACAGCCGACACGUGGACUCCACGGUAGUUUGGUGUGUUUAGUGAUGGGGGGUUUAUGUCUGAAUGUGAUGCAGUUAGGGUAGUAGUAAUAUGUGUAAUUGUGUAUGUGACUUGAAGUUUUAAGUGUGGUUUACUUAUAUGUAUAGUUUUUAAGGGGUUUUAUUGGUUUUGUGAGAGGGUGAAAAUGUAAGAAAGGUUGUGGUUUUAUGUUGAUUUUGGUGGUAAAUGUUGCGUGGGAGUUUCUAUUUUGUUUUGUAAAAAAGUUAUGAUGAUGUUUGUAGCUUGUGCAACUUUUAGUGCGGUUAAAUUAAAUGAGCCUGACUCGGUUCUGUUUAUUAA